UCAAAAAAGGAACUGACUUCAAGGAAUGGACUAUCUACCUUCAAUUAUAUUUGAUUGUGUGAUUUGGGUUAGAUUUUACAAAAAUUACAAAAUAUUAUGCAAUUCGGAAAGCGAAAAUCUGAUAAGGUAGAUACCUAAAUAAUUGCAAACUUAAAUAAUAAUAUAAUCCCAACAAUAAUUUAUAAAGUAUCAAUAUCUAUUUUAAAAAAUACAUAUAAGUAAACCGAUUGUGUUAUUGCUUAGUGGACAUUCGUCAACUAAUGGACGUGGUGGUGAUAGGCUGCGGCGCGUCGGGCGUCGCGGCGUUGCGGCGACUCCAUGACGCCGGUCUGAAGGUGCUUGGAUUAGAAGCCGGAUCUAGAAUCGGUGGUAGAAUAUGCACAGUCCCGUUUGGAGCGAACAAUGUUGACAUUGGGGCUGCCUGGUGUCACGGCGAAAAAGACAACAAAGUCUUCGAGCUUGCGGAUCCCCUAGGGCUGAUCGGACGACCAGAAACACCCCUUAAAAAUAUAUACGUCUUAUCCAACGGAGACAUCCUUGACACUGCAAAAGGGGUCACUCUGGCGCAGGCCAUCGCUGACGAAGUGUAUAAGGCUGACAAGGACAACACGACUUCCAUUUCUGAAUGUGUGAGGACCGCAGCAACAACGAAUGACAUCCUAAAACAAAACCGGAAUCUAGCAGGACCUUUUAUUGAGUGGUUCGAACGCAACAACCACUUAGGGGGUCAAACCGACCCCCGGAAGGGGAAAUCUCUGAAGGGAUUGAAGGAGAACUGGCCUUGCGAGGGGGAAGUUUGGCUCGAUUGGAAGGGGAGGGGGUACAAAACUAUUAUAGACGUUUUAUUGAAUAAAUACCCCGACCCUUCAAAGGAGAUUCCAGUGCAGAUUCUGCUAAACAAGGAGGUGGAAAGCAUACGUUGGGGUAGUUCCCAGACCGGGCUGGACCCGAGUAAUCCCCUGGUGCAAGUCAAGUGUAAGGAUGGCAGCUUGUAUGCCGCCAAGAGUGUCAUCGUCACUGUGUCCAUUGGGGUCCUUAAAGAAAGACACCAAACGCUGUUCAACCCCCCUUUACCUGCCGAGAAAAUAAAUUGCAUAAACAACCUCCAAUUAUGCCUUUUGAACAAAAUAUACAUAGAAUUCGAAAAACCCUGGUAUCCAAAGCGGGCUUACCACACAAUUUUAUGGCGAGACGAAGACAAGGCAAAGUUUUCGAGCGACGAGAAAUGGAUCACUGAAAUAUUUGGGUUGUGGACAGUGGAACACCAGCCUAAUGUUAUGCUGGCUUGGUUGUAUGGGAAUGGGGCAGAGAUGAUGGAAAAAGUUAGUUUGGGAGGAGUAGAGGAGGGGGUCAAGAAAUUACUGAGUGUCGUUUUUAAACAGUUUGACGUGACGAAUGUGAAGUCUAUUGUGAGAUCACAAUGGGCUUCUAAUCCACUGGCGCGCGGUGCGUAUUCCUACCGGAGUGUGGUGACGGAAGAAAAUGGAGGGAGUGCGGAAAUCCUCAGCGAACCUCUAUAUAGGGGGAAUCAGUUUCCAGUGGUGUGCUUCGCGGGGGAAGCGACGUCGCAUCGCCGGCACAAUGCUGUGCAUGGAGCACUGGACGCCGGCUUUAGGGAGGCUGAUCGACUCCUACAAAGUUUUAAGGAAUACCGGCAUUAAUGUAACUUCGGAUGUAAAUCUUGUUUUAAAUCUUUUGAACAUUAAAAAAUUUUCAGGGAUUGAACCAUGAAGGCAUGGUCUCGAUAAUACAGUGGUUAAGAGCAUGGGCGUCGUUUUAAUUAUGUCGUAAAUAUUAUUAUUUUUACGCAUUAGGUAUGUACAAAGUUCAGUAAAAUAUUUUUGUACGUAUACCUACCAAGGGGCUUACCAUCAUCUCUUAACGCGAUCCACUUUACGUCCUAAACUGAUCUGCAUCGCAAAUUCGUACCAUCGACUUAAUAUUUAGUACGAAUGCGAUUCAUCAUUGAACUGAGUUGCAUUGGAAUCGUUCUGUAAAAGUUGGUGGUAGGCCUGCAGGUUUAUGGUGAUUAAUAUUUUGUAUUUUAUUACACAAAAUAAAGUAUUUAUAUUAUGAGUAA